GUGUAAAUAAAAGAAACGGGAAGAACGGACGGACAGAGAAGAUUUCGGGUUUGUUUGAUUGAGUUUUUGUUGGAACCAAGUCCUAAAUCCUCUUUGACAUUUUUUGGUGUAAUGAAGCUAUUUGUCGCCAACAAGAGGAUGAAAGUCGUCGGCUUAGGAUUCCCACAAGUACUCCAAAAAGUCUUACCGACAAGGCCAGCGAGUUAAAGGCGUGCUCGUGGCCCUUUAGGUAUAUAUAUUAGAUUUAAGCUAAAAACUAGGAAUCAAACUUUCUGAAAUUUAGGUUUAGUUCUUCCAACUAACUCCAUAUUCUUACGUAGUUAUAUUUGUGGCUUCUGCUUCUAGUGGUUUCCCCCAUGUCUCAUACUCUUUAAUUGCAUUUGAUUUCACCAAUCUUCCUUUCGUGGCUGAAAGACCUCGGCGUCACGAGGCUUGGUUGGUUUGAAUGUCUGGAAGGCUUUACAUUCGGGAGGCUCUGGCUGUCUACGAGGUCCUGAGCCUUGCUUGAGUCUCUUCCUAUUUUUCCAUUCUAACUAGGCCUCUUUCUCAUUGAGGUUAUUUUGGGCCAUGUCCAACAAUGUCCUCUUCAAAAGAGUUGAGUGUACGCUUAUAUCUUUUUUUAUCAUUCUUUGUUUUCAUCAUCGCAAGUACUAUUUCUUUAAUGGAUUUUUCUUCCCGGACCAUGGACCCUCAAGGAGUCCUCACAGAGUCCGCCAGUCGCCCGUCCACCGACGGUGAAGAGUAUUUCUUACUCCCAUUGGCCGGCUUUGACGCCGAACUUGAGAAAAUCCGCAAGGCUUCGGUCGGGGAAGGAACCCAUUACUAAUCUCAUGUCCGACCUUUGCUCUGGAUUAAAACCUUUUGUUUCCUUAAAAUACACAAAAAGUAUCACAAAAUAUAGCAAAAUAAAUCAUUUAGACUUGUUGAUGUAAUUUUUCAACAAAAAUAAAGUAAAAUUCAAAGAUAUAGAAAAUAUCCUUAAACUUGAUUAAUUAGUGCCUGAGAUUAGGAAUCUCUAAACACUGUAUGGUACAGAAAAUAAACUGGAAAAUAAAAGACUGAAAUUUAAAGUGGUGAUCCCCAAAUCUGACUUUGCUUUGUUGAAGUUGAUUGAAGAUACCUUGCCAAAUGAUGAUUCAAACCUUUAAAUAUUCUCUGGGAAACCGCACCGAAAACCGUCACCCGAACGGUUACAACGUCUCCUUCCCAACCGUCUUCCAACCCCUCUCCUGCUGACACGCGUCCUCAGCAGACCAAAAUUAUCCCUAUAUUUCACUCUUUAAGCCGACCACAGACCUUCCGCCCUUUAGGCCCGACUGCCAAUCUACAAUAGUAUGGGUCCGACCGCCAAUCCUCCCGACUUGCGAACCAACUGGCCUGAGGUCUUCCCGCCUUGAGGACUUCCCGACCUGAAAACCUUCCGACUUGAGGUCUUUCCGCCUUGAGGACUUCCCGACCUGAAAACCUUCCGACUUGAGGUCCUUCCGUCUUGAGGACCUCCCGACCUGAAAACCUUCCGACUUGAGGUUUUUCCGCCUUGAGGACUUCCCGACCUGAAAACCUUCCGACUUGAGGUCUUUCCGUCUUGAGGACUUCCCGACCUGAAAACCUUCCGACUUGAGGUCUUUCCGCCUUGAGGUCUUCCCGACCUGAAGUCCUUCCGUCCUAAUGACUUUCCGUCUUGAGGACCUACCGACCUGAAGACCUUCCGACCUGAGGUCCUUCCGUCUUGAGGACUUCCCGACCUGAAAACCUUCCGACUUGAGGUCUUUCCGCCUUGAGGUCUUCCCGACCUGAAGUCCUUCCGUCCUAAUGACUUUCCGUCUUGAGGACCUACCGACCUGAGGUCCUUCCGUCCUAAUGACUUUCCGUCUUGAGGACCUACCGACCUGAAGACCUUCCGACCUGAGGACUUUCCUUAGUAAUAAACCUAUUUUCCUUGAUUUCCUCAUGGUACCCUUCAAUCAGUUCAAUCAACUCUAUUGCCAGGCCCAUUCUUCUUUUUACCUUGGGCUUUUAACCUAAUUCUAAAUUUCGUACGUAACAACUUGCCCGCCGCCAAGGGACUUUCAAACGCCAUUUAACAAUCAAUGUUUGGAAGUUCAUAAAUCACCACCCUCUUGAAAAACUCCCUUAGCAACUGCACCAGUUACUGCAACACUCCUGAUUAACUUCCUUCUCCGCAAUACAAGCUUUUGUGAAUCACAAUCCCAAACACUCUAACCAUGGCGAAUCAAUACAUUCCUGCCCUUCCCUUCGACGGAACCCUCCCGGAGGGCCCAUUUUCAGCCUCAAAAGUACUGACUCCGACGAUCCGUCCAUAUUGCACUACUCCUGAAGAUUUAAACCGGAUGAGGGAAGUCUUGGAAUCCCGAAAUUCCUUGGCUAUCAACAGCCCUAACUACCAAGCAGUUCGCAUUCGAGACAGCAUCAAAACCCAUCUCACAGACCCAAAAGAUCCUUACCGUGCUUGGUAUCGACGGGUAGCAGAACACUUCCAGACCCAAUGGCGUUCCCAAAAGAUCGACCAAGCAAUACUACUGUCCACCAUGCCUAUCAACCUGCAUGAGAAGGUGUUGUUGGCCAUGUCUGCCUUCUGGAAUGCGGAAAAUGGGACUUUCCUCUUCCCAUCAGGCCCCUUUGGCCCAACUCUUAUGGACGUUGCAAUGAUCGCACAUCUCCCAGUUGUGGGUGAAGACCCUGUAAUGGGUGCCCUAGAUGGGCAGGAGCCAUCAGAAAACCAUCCAGGGUGGUCUUUACAAGGUGUGAAGGAAUGGGGUUGGACAAAGUUCGCAACCGACCAGCAAGGGGCUCCAGGGACCCCUGUAACCGACCGGGAGCAUACUGCCUUUAUCCUUUUUUGGCUUUGUAGGUACGUCAUUGUUUCCCCUUCCAAAUGUGUUCUUCCUUCUCAUCUCGACCUAGCCAUUCAUAUCGCGUCAGGUCGUUUUUUCUCUCUUGGCACCCUGUUUUUAGCCAAUCUGUUUGAAGGACUCACUAGAGUUAGCCUUCGCUUAACAGAUAAUGAUAAUAGGAAAUUAGACACUGCCGCGUCGGGUCCUUUUUGGUUUUUAGAACUUUGGUUCCGGCUCUAUUUCCCCAACGCGUUUAACUUAGGAUCUCCGCCCACUAUGCCAACAGCUGAAAAACAUUUGGGACUAGCCCUUAACCGACUCUGCUCGGGACGCAAUAACCUCCAAUCUUCCGAUCCAAUAAUAAUUGCAGUUUUAACAGAUACCCGCAGUAAUUCUCGAUUUUCUAUGUAUAAAAAAUAUGCGGGCUAUGCUCCCGACCAUUUUUGGCCUUUUCCAGUACCAAAUCCGCUUCCGACUCCUGAGCCUUGUCCUCAUUCCACUUAUCCUUUUGCCUGGGACGUUGCCCUCAAACCCAGGUCUCUUUUUAGUAGCAAAAAACUUGAUAAAAAAGGGCAGAAAACCUUUUACACUUUUAAUUAUGAACCUCAAUUCAUGGCGCGCCAGUUCGGCUGUUGCCAAGGUAUCCCUGGACCCGUCGCUUGUCCUCAUAUAAUUUUUCAAAGUCCCGACCGACGAGUCCUACCAAAUUCAAUCCCUUCUUAUAUCUCCCAGCUCACCACGUAUAUAAUUUCCAAUUCGUAUAUUCCUUUCCGCUCCAACCCUGAGACUGUAGAUACUUUCACUGAAUGGUGGUCGGUUAUAUGGCCCCUGAUUUCCCCUGAUGAGGGUCGAUUGCUGAACAUACUCCUUCCACCCCAAGGAUUGGUUCUAGGGGCGGCUAGACAUACUAGCACCCAGCCACAAACAGCCGCCCCGGGGACCGGAUCUAGUGUUCCAAAACGAAAAAGGAAAGCUUCCCAGCUGCAAACACCCCCGACCUCUGGGGCCGACCAGCAAGCUCAAGCGGAUCUAGGAACUACUAGGACGUCAGCAAGGACCCGACCCCGACUAGCACCGACCACACAACCGACGCCAACCCCAGCCGACCAACCUUUGGUCCCGACUGAAGCAGUUCCUCUCCAAACCCCUACUCCACUUCUCACUUUGCCAAUGAGCAGUCAGGCGGAGGACCCGACGAGGAGGCAAACUCUUCCUCCCGCACCGAGGAGCGGUCGGGCCAGGCACCCGACCAGGAGGCAAUCCUUACCAGUAGCGCCUAUAGAACCUACACCUUCACCCAUCGGAUCAGCAGCAGGGGUCUCUUCUGACAGCGAAGGAACUACUUCCCAAAUGGGUCGACCGCCAUACAUGGCAUCAGACUCAUCCAUUUCGAAGGAAGGACCAACUGCCCUCGCCGAAGCUGACCCUCAAAACGACAUCCUUGAUGUUGCUGAUCCCGAAAUCGGAGGUGCCGCAGAGAUCCCGGCUGCAGUGGCUCUAGAUGCAGCCGCCCAACCUGCAGCCGCCCAACCAGCAGCGGCGCUCCCUCUAGCCAUCGAGUGGCAGGCAGAAGAACCACCUGCGGCAAUCCAACCUCCAGAAAUGGAAGAAAUGUCUUCGUCCGAAUCGGAGACUUCUGUAAAUUUGGGACCCAGGUCGGCACCUCAGCGACCAUUCGCAACAGCCGACGAGUCGGCUGCUAUUAUACCAGCUGUCUGCCCUACUCGACCGACCUCAUUGCUGCACCCCUCACUGACAGCAGUCCGUCCAGAGGGGCCUUCGGACUUAGCUGUCCUGUCGACUGUUCCGGUUCCGGCGGAGGCCCGAACUAUCUUCACCGAGGCCAUGAACCAUCCCUUGUCAGAAUUGAGAUCCGACUUGUUGGACAAACUCAUCCAGACGGUUGGUGGCCUUCUCUUUUACACUCCGACGGAAUCGCCAGCUGUCCCCAUUCUGCAUCGGCUGAUGGAGAGACUUACAGAGCUCAAGACUGAAGUGGUAGUCAUUGGCCUUCUGUCAGCCGAAACCCCCCAGCCCGACUUCGAUCAAACAACGCUGGAGAAUUCUUUGGCUAAGACUCGAGAAUCCCUUCAGCAGACUACUGGAAGACUGGGUGGUCUCCUUAGUACGAAAGCUCUGGUUGAUGAUGCCAUUCAGAAAAAUGAGGCAGAAUUGCGGGAGCUGAGGAAAGAACAGUCUACCCUGGAUACGCAAAUUACCAAUGAACAGCAUCUGCUUGAGAAGUAUACCAAAAAUGAGGCUGAAUUGGAUCAAGAGCUGAAAACCCAAGCCCGAUCCCAAUUCAUCAGAAGAUAUCAGACGGCUGCCAAUAUCAGAAGGCUAUCCAGGGAUGAAAACAAAUGGACACAGAUAAAAACUGCCCUAGGGGCACUGUUGUAAUAUUUCCCCCUUUGUAACAAUACUUGACUUAGUAAUCCAUUUUUUCUUUCUUCUCAAAACAAGGAUCACCUUUCAAUUCCCAACUUUGUAGGAAUCAAAACAAACUCCUUCUUUAAAAGAAUAUUGUU